CCCUUGAAUGUCGAUGCUUGGCGGGAACAGUUAACAAAACUAGAAAAUAAAACAAACAAGGAACUGAGUAAAAGAAUUCCAAAUUCAACGUUAGCAAUAAAUCAAACUAGGACGUUUGCACAAGUAGCAAUGAAUUACGCCGUGGAGUCUACGGCUAUGAGUAACCUCACCCAGGAGGCCAGCAAUCUGGCCGAUGGCUUUGGCGAACUGAUCGUACAGAUCGAUGGGCUGCUGCACGAUGCGCUUAAAGUCGAUUCGGAAAUACUGGACUCGUGCAAGUAUCGGGAUGAGCAGCUCCUCAAGCAUCUGGCAGAGCACAGCAAGGAUGAGACGCAGGCACUGGCGCUGCGAGAGAAUAUGGAACUGAAGGCCACUGUGGAGGAGUACCAUAACAGCAUACAGACGAUCGUGGCCAAGUACAAGGAGCACUGCCAGGGCGACAUGUUGCUGGAGAGCUACAACAUUCGUGAGAAGUACAUGGCGGGCCUGGAGCAGAUUGUCAACGGGCAGGGAUCGCGCAUCGAUCUCAUGUCUGAUAUGAUGAAAGCCCUGGCCCAUAUGAGCGACCUGGAGGGUGAGGAGAAUCAGGAGCUGAUUCGCCGCCUCUGUGGGGAGAACGAGAUGAUGCGCCGCCAGCUUCAGAUCAGCCAUGCCGGCUCAGUGUUCAGUCGAGGACCCAACGCGACCAAUGAGAGCGCCACGCAAUUCGAUCGCAACGACUGGAAUCCGGAUGAUUCCAGCAUGGACAGCUUUCUGUCGUGUCUCUCCCAUGGCGGCGAUGAAAGCGAUUCCUCCUCAAGCAACUCCUCGGUGAUCAGUCAGGCGGAGGUGAAUCGCUUCAUACAGCAAGUGCUGGGCGAGGACAUCACCGAAGAGUCGGACUCCAGCAGCGAGCUGGAAUAAGCACCCACACCAACCCACAGAUGUUCACGAAUUUUCAUUGCCUUUUUGCGUUGAAUAAAAUGAGGAUCUGAGA